CAACAGUCUUGAGAAAAGACGCCAACAGCAGCUGUCAGAGGGAGGGACGUCUGGAUAUAGAAAGCCAACAAGUUGGAGCGGACAUGAAACUCAAGUUGAUAGCAUGCAUCAGAAAAGCAAUCAAGAAAACUGAGAGUAAGAACACCCAGUUGGUUUCGAAUCAGCUCCACCGAACCAUUGCAAUGAUGGCAUCUUGCAUGAGAACAGAAAAUGCCAGAGCAAGCCCAGGGGCAGAGAACAGGAAUGAAAGCAAGGCAGGAGUUAAGGGUUCAGAGAAGCCUGAGAGACAUGAAGUGGUUUCCUCUCCAGCAGUUAGAAUCAGGAUCCCAACAGAAGAGAAGCCCCACAUCCUCAACUCGCAACAGGCUUACUGUGCUCACAGUGAACAGGCACUCCGACUCAAGCUGGACUGGAGUAGUAGAGGUCAAGAAAAGCUUGUAGAUCACAAGCCUGCAGUGGAUUGUUAUGAAAGUGUUUACAACAUGAAGGGCCGUACUGAGGAGUGGACUGUACCACAACACUUCCAUGACGACGCGGACCCAAAGAAAGGAAUGAUCAACUACGCAAGUCCAGAACAUUUCUGGCAUGAAAAUAAGUUUUACCAGUCGGCUCCCAGUGGUCUCAGCAAAACCCACAAGGGUGAAAAUAAUAGGACUGAUGGAAUUCUGACACUGGAAGACAGAAGCAGGCCUUUAAAUUACAAUAGAAGUGAUCAGAAGACAGAAACGGCCGAAGCACCUUUAGAUCUAUCCGAUUGCGGGAAAUCCAAAGAUCAGGGCCUUCCCAGCAUUAAGGCCGAGGCCGGAGCAGAAAGCCCAAGAUCCACGUUAGAGUCAAGGGAACUACAGGGAGCUGAGUCCAACAACUCGUCCCAUCUUAGAGCAGUCAAGCGGUCCCAUAGUGACACAUCAUCCAGUGUAGACCCAGACCAAUCACCAGUGUCUUCUUACUCAGUCGGCAGUCAUCAUUUCCAUCACGCAGACGAUGGAGACAACGAGGACAGCUCAGAUCAAAAUGAAGAAAAUUACGUUGGAAUUUCAAAACAGUCAAGAAAGGAAAAUGAAGAAAUGAAGCAGAGUUUAGGAAAAGCACUUUACCCAGUCAUAGUCUUGACAAUGCUGAAGACAGAAACAGAGGCUCCAGAGUCAUCAGACAGCAAGAGGGGUGCUGCUGAUGAGUCUGAAGAGCCAAAUUGCUCCGAAGGCAACAAGAAUGGGAAGGAAAGAAAGAAAAGGAAAAGAGGCGAGGGGCAGGACAAUGUAGCUUUGGACUGAGGAGACACAUUCUCUAUGCCAGUAAAGAAAGUUAGCCCUCGGAAAUGGGAGCUGCCUUCAUUCUUUCCUGUGGAGCUACAGUCUUGUUAGCAUUUUAACUCCAGAACGUCCAUUUCCGAUAUCCCCUGUGUUUGUCUCUGCAUAAGGAAUCAUCUGUUCUGAGUGUCACACCUAUGCAACUAUUGGAAUUCGAUAUGCUGUAUCUGGACAUCACCAUGGAUACACCAGAAUGGGUUCUUGAGGGGCCAAAAGCCAGACUUACAGUAUGCCUGCCAUAGCAUAAAUUCAGGCUCCAGACAAAUUGGUCCAAUGAAUUUACUUGCCUCAAAAGUGUCAUAAAUGAGUUUAUUAAUUAUUGUAGUUAAAAUGUACAUCAAUGUGUUUUACAUGCUGUGUGUUGAAAAUCUUAUCAGGAAGUUUCAACUGAAUGUUUGUCCAAACAGUCUGUGGUGAUGUGUUACCUACUGUUCUUCAUGUGAGAAAAUGUAAAUGAAUUUCCUCUAAAGUCAAUGCAGACACAAUGGAUCUUAUUUAUGAAACUUUAAAAAGGAUUAGAAGUCCAUUCUCUUUUUCCAAAGCACUGUUUAACCUCAGAGCAUGUCCAUAAACACUAUUCAAAUAUAAUUCCUUAAAACAAUCCUUUUGUGAAUCGGGCCCAAUAUUUCUAUAUGUAAAUAAUAAAAAAAAGAAAAUCUUCAUACUGCAUACUUUAUUUAUUUAU